AUGCGUAGAGGCCGAGGGGGAGAAGAGGCCGAGGGGGAGAAGAGGCCGAGGGGGAGAAGAGGCCGAGGGGGAGAAGAGGCCGAGGGGAAGAAGAGGCCGAGGGGGAGAAGAGGCCGAGGGGGAGAAGAGGCCGAGGGGAAGAAGAGGCCGAGGGGAAGAAGAGGCCGAGGGGAACAAGAGGCCGAGGGGAACAAGAGGCCGAGGGGGAGAAGAGGCCGAGGGGGAGAAGAGGCCGAGGGGGAGAAGAGGCCGAGGGGAACAAGAGGCCGAGGGGAACAAGAGGCCGAGGGGAACAAGAGGCCGAGGGGAACAAGAGGCCGAGGGGAAGAAGAGGCCGAGGGGAAGAAGAGGCCGAGGGGAAGAAGAGGCCGAGGGGAAGAAGAGGCCGAGGGGAACAAGAGGCCGAGGGGAAGAAGAGGCCGAGGGGAAGAAGAGGCCGAGGGGAAGAAGAGGCCGAGGGGAAGAAGAGGCCGAGGGGAAGAAGAGGCCGAGGGGAAGAAGAGGCCGAGGAGUAUCGGAAGACUGGCGUGUUCAAGUGCGUAUUCUGUGGAAUCCUGA